AUGUCCUGGCGUCCGCAGUACCGCAGCUCCAAGUUCCGGAACGUCUAUGGCAAGGUGGCCAACCGGGAGCACUGCUUCGACGGGAUCCCCAUCACCAAGAAUGUGCACGACAACCACUUCUGCGCCGUCAACGCCCGCUUCCUGGCCAUCGUCACAGAGAGCGCAGGAGGGGGCUCCUUCCUUGUCAUCCCCCUGGAGCAGACAGGCAGGAUCGAACCCAACUACCCCAAGGUGUGCGGCCAUCAGGGUAACGUGCUGGAUAUCAAGUGGAACCCCUUCAUCGACAACGUCAUUGCCUCGUGCUCGGAGGACACGUCGGUGCGGAUCUGGGAGAUCCCCGAAGGGGGGCUGAAGCGGAACAUGACGGAGGCGCUGCUGCAGCUGCACGGCCACAGCCGGCGCGUGGGGCUGGUCGAGUGGCACCCCACAACCAACAACAUCCUCUUCAGCGCUGGCUAUGACUACAAGGUCCUCAUCUGGAACCUGGACGUGGGUGAGCCGGUGAAGAUGAUCGACUGCCACACGGAUGUCAUCCUCUGCAUGUCCUUCAACACGGAUGGCAGCCUGCUCACCACCACGUGCAAGGACAAAAAGCUGCGUGUGAUCGAGCCGCGCUCUGGCCGUGUUCUGCAGGAGGCGAACUGCAAAAACCACAGGGUGAACCGGGUGGUGUUCCUGGGCAACAUGAAGCGGCUCCUCACCACCGGGGUCUCCAGGUGGAACACGAGGCAGAUCGCCCUCUGGGACCAGGAGGACCUGUCCAUGCCGCUGAUUGAGGAGGAGAUUGAUGGUCUCUCCGGCCUCCUGUUCCCUUUCUAUGAUGCUGACACUCACAUGCUCUACCUGGCUGGAAAGGGUGAUGGGAACAUCCGGUACUAUGAGAUCAGCACGGAAAAGCCCUACCUGAGUUACCUCAUGGAGUUCCGCUCCCCGGCUCCACAGAAAGGCCUAGGCGUCAUGCCCAAGCACGGGCUGGACGUGUCGGCCUGCGAGGUGUUCCGCUUCUACAAGCUGGUGACGCUCAAGGGUCUGAUCGAGCCCAUCUCCAUGAUUGUGCCGCGGAGGUCGGAUUCCUACCAGGAAGACAUUUACCCCAUGACGCCAGGCACGGAGCCAGCGCUGACCCCGGACGAGUGGCUGGGCGGCAUCAACCGAGACCCCGUGCUGAUGUCCCUGAAGGAGGGCUACAAGCGGUCCCCCAAAGUGGCGUUCAAAGCCCCCAUCAGAGAAAAGAAGAGCGUCGUGGUCAACGGCAUAGAUUUAUUAGAAAACGUCCCACCCAGGACAGAGAACGAGCUCCUGCGGAUGUUCUUCCGGCAGCAGGACGAGAUCCGGAGGCUGAAGGAAGAACUGGCUCAGAAGGACGUCCGCAUUCGGCAGCUCCAGCUGGAACUGAAAAACUUGCGCAACAGUCCCAAGAACUGCUAGCUCCAGGGCUGCUCUCCAAGUGGAUCUCUUCGUGGUUUCUACUCGCCCCUUAACUUCCGCUUAGCAGGUGGCCCCGGAGACAGAACUGGGACUGGAGCAGGGGGGCCAGCCCGAGGACCCCACCUUCCACCUCAACAACUGGAAGCCUACCCUUGACCUCCUGAUCUCGCGCUAAUCCUAGUUCCCAACGUCUCUUGGAGAACCCCACCCGCACCCCCUUCUCAGCCACCCCAGGAGCCAGGCCUCCCCUCAGCUGGGCCGGGACCUCGGACUCCCCAAGGAGUGCCCUCCAUGGACCAGGGACAGAGUGGGAUGCAGGAUCCCAGCUCAACCUAGGACUUAAACUUUUCCCUGCCAAGGAGCUGCCAGGACACGUGGGCUCCCCCGGCUCUGGGUCCCUCCUGGGCCUGCAGCGUGGGGCUGGAUCUCAGGCCGGGGGCUCCCCGCCUCUGCUGUGCCCUAACAGCCUUGGAAACCUGACUCACCUUCCCGUCUCUUCCCAUCCUUGCCCUUG